AUGAAGUUGCUAAGUUACUUUCUAUCUUCACCACAGGUAUGUGUGAGGACAUUGUCAAAAAAGCUUAUCUCUUACAAGUGCACAAACGCUCAAUGUCUCUUGUGUCUAUUUUGUCUCAAUGUCUGUUUUAGGGAGGUGAUCGAAAAGAGGCCAGAGAAGUUCAAAGUGGCGUGUUUAACAGACAUAAAAAAUCUGUUUUACCCAAACACUGAGCCAUUUUACGCUGCAUUUGGGAACAGAGACACGGAUGUGUUUUCCUAUAAGGAGGUUGGCGUUCCUUUAAACAGAAUCUUUACCAUUAAUCCUAAAGGAGAACUGAUCCAGGAACACGCCAAGACCAACAUCUCUUCGUACGUGCGUCUGGGUGAAGUGGUGGAUCACGUCUUUCCGCUCCUGAAGCGCAGAAGUUCCUGCGAUUUCCCCUGCAGUGACUCUUUCAGCCAAUUCACCUACUGGAUAGAACAGGUCCCCCUAGUGGACGGGCAGAUAGAGACCACUGAUGACGCCACUGAAUGAAUAGCACACAAAAACAAAUGUGCAGACUGUACACAACAAACGUGUUAAAGAUCAAAACUGUGGGGCAUAGCUGCACUUUAUUUCAAAGAUAUCUACGCAUUUUACUAGUGAUAUGUAGAAUAUUGUAUAUAGUGAGUUAAAAAAAGUGAAUAUUUAUGAGAUGAUUUUGAUACAUCUAUAGCAUUUGUUAUACUAAAAGUCAGUAAAAAGGUACAAAUGUUGUCACUGGUGUGGUAUACUUUUGUACCUAAAUGGUACAGUACAUAUUAGGACCUUUUCAGAAGGUACACGGGACCGUACGGGUGUGUGACAGUGUUUGUACCUUUAUUACUGAUGGUGUAGAAAGAUUAUCUGAAUACAUGCUUAAACAUAUCAUGAGUGUCAUCAACUGUUAGACUGAAAGAAAAUGAACAAUCUUACAUGCGUUACAAUCAAAAUUAAUGAUGUUACAUUUCAGUGAAUCUCACAAAAAAUGAUAUUGUGCAUAAUUUGAAAGGGGUGCUAAAAAUAGUUUUUAUUUUCUUUAUGCAAAAUAUGAUUCAUGUUAUGUUGCUUUUGUUACUUGGAUUUGAUUUGUACUCUUAAACAACUCGGAGCACUCAAAUCUAAUUCUGUCUAUUAAUUUGAGGUCUUCAGCAGUCGUACAGAGGAUUUCAUGGGUGUUUAAUCUCACCCAUCACAUUUGCUGGCACAGAUAGUGUAACAUUUCUACCUUCAUGUACAUCUACCUUUUCAAACUGUUUAGUUACUGAGGAAAUAUUAUUAUAUGUACUAUCUUCAAAAAAUGUUAUAUGUUUACAUCUAUUGUGAAGAAAAAGUCAGAGGGUUUUGUGAUAUUCUUUCAGUGAAAGAGAAGAAUUAAAGCAGUCAAUCAUGAGAUGAGUAAAUGUGAUGCUCAGGUCAGGAAAAUGUUUUGCUGGUCAAUAAAGUUUUAUGUUUUAAGUUUGA